GAACAAAAAAAAUGAACAUUUAUUAUAUACUGUACAGUAGUUGUCAUCACAAACCAGCAUAACCAGACAAACUGAAUCCUAUCAAGAAUUUCUUGUUACUACCAUUCUAUGGUACGUACAUUUACCAAUCCCGCAUGCUCUGGUGUUCUGUUCAGCAGACAUGCUUCCAAACAAAAACUUUACUAGGUCUUACUUUCGGGUGAGGCCUUAUAUUUAGCAAUUUAGCAAAACCUCUACUAGGUCUUAUUUUCUGGGGAUGUCUUAUUUUAGAGGAAACAGGGUAUGUAGCUCCAAUGUGUCAACUACCUGAGAAUGCAUUGGUGGAUCCAGAGUUCUAUCAGCUUGUAUAUAUGUAAUGUGUGUGUGUGAGUGUAGAUAUAUAGAUAUCUGAUAGAUCUGAGUUCCUGUGCCCCUAAUUCCUCUGAAAGUAGACUUGCUAUAAUGAGAAUUUUCCUUAGGAAAGCUAAACUUGGCUCUCUGCUGCCACCUGGUGCAGACAAGGAUUUUUUAAAUGUUUGCCGUCCAGCAGUUUUGACUCCAUCCUUUUAUUUCAAUCAGGGGGAUAAAAAAGCAUCCCGGGAUUUGUAGUUUGGUGAGGCAUCAGUACUCUUUGGCAGGGAAAGGGACUUACAAAACUACAACUCCCACGACUCUAUUACAUUGAGUCAUGGCAGUUCAAGUAGGGUCAAACUGCAUAAAUAAUGCCACAGUGUAGAUAGAUACUUCUCUUGGAAAACUACAACUCCCACGACUCCACUGCAUUGAGUCAUAGCAGUUCAAGUGGAGUCAAAAUGCAUCAACGGUACAGUGUAGAAGAGAUGCAUGGAAACAUAGAAUCAUAGAGUUGGAAGAGACCUCAUGGGCCAUCCAGUCCAACCCCCUGCCAAGAAGCAGGAAAAUUGCAAAGUUCCUCUUGCAAAACUACAACUUCCACGACUCCAUUGCAUUGAGUCAUAGCAGUUCAAAUGGGGUCAAACUGCACCAAUUAUACAGAGUAGUAGAUAGAUACUUUUGGAAAACUACAACUCCCACGACUCCACUACAUUGAACCAUGGCAGUUCAAGUGCAGUCCAAAUGCAUCAAUGCUAGAUAGAUACUUCUCUUGGAAAACUACAACUCCCAGGAUCCCAUAGCAUUGAGCCAAGGUAUUUAAAGUAGCAUCAAACUGUAUUCAUUCUACAAUGCAGAUGCACCCCAAGGAAAAGUGAAGCCGCUUCCCUUUUUGUGCCUUGUUCAUUAAUCAGCCGGCCCCUUUAAGGCAUGGUACAAUCCAAGGGAAGAAUUAGGCCGCGGCUCCUUUAAGAAGACCGCCCGGUUCCCUUUCCUGCUUCACGCGAAGGCAGCGCUUCCGUUCGUCUCGUCCGCUGUGCGUUCGCGGAGGCUCUCACUACGCAUGCGCAGCCCGGGAAGUUCUUUCUGGUCCUGGGGCUUCGAUCCACGCGGGUUCUCUGCGGCGGGAGUUGCCGGCGGCUGUUAUGCUCUUCUACUCCUUCUUCAAGUCCCUGGUAGGGAAGGACGUAGUUGUCGAACUGAAAAAUGACUUAAGCAUAUGUGGGACCCUGCACUCUGUUGAUCAGUAUCUGAAUAUCAAGCUCACAGACAUUAGUGUGACAGAUCCGGAGAAAUACCCUCAUAUGCUGUCUGUCAAGAACUGCUUCAUCCGCGGCUCUGUUGUCCGCUACGUGCAGCUUCCAGCCGAUGAAGUCGACACCCAACUUUUACAGGAUGCCGCACGCAAAGAGGCCCUUCAGCAGAAGCAGUGACCCCCUUCCUCUUUUUUCCUCCCUUCCCACCCUGAUUUCCCCCCAGAAGUGCUGGAGGAAAGCUAGACCACCUUUUUUAUUGGAGGGAACCAGCAGUGUGUGUGUUUGUGUGUGUAUGCAUGCAUGCAUGUAUGUAUGUACAUCCAAGUGUACUGAUGGGUGAGAUAAUCUAUGUGAAUAUUUUCCAUUUCUUUGUCCCUCCUAGAACAUUGUGUUCUGUUUCUACUAGUCAGAUGGGUUUCAUGGGCAGAUGAAACCCAUUACUGGGAUAACACCAGUGCUUUUUGUUUUCUAAACUCCUAUUGCCAGUAACUCAGUUUUUGUUUUCCUACCAAGCUCUCCCUCCGUCCCAUUCAACAUUUCAUUUGUGAAGCACUGUUUACUGCUGAAAAGGUCUCUCUCAGCAAAGAUCUGUUUCCAAAUUAAUGUGUAAAAGAAGUGUAUGCAGCCACUCCUGUAAUACAUCCUCCUAAUUGUCCUCAGAAAUGUUGGAAUACAAUCCCAACACGCCUUUGUGCUAGAACAGAUGGGGAAUGUUGGGGAUUGUAGCCCAAUCUGGAGGAGCCUUAGGCCCCUUCUGCACUGCCAUAUAAUCCAGUUCAAAGUAGAUAAUUUGGAUUUUAUAUGGCAGUGUAGAAGGGGCCUUAGUUGGAGGAGAUUGCCCUAGUCUUCCUCUUCUAUACAAUGGUCACAAAGGAUGGCUAAAAGCUAGACUGUUUUUUGGAUACAAGCUCUUUCCAGCUUUUUCUUGCCUAACUCCACAAAGUUAAUUCUGCGAAGUGUUUGAAGUCAUUAGAGAUUUUAUCAGUGAAUACCACCCUUUUUGUUGAUAAUUUCAAAGCGUGCAGAAGGAUUCUUACAGAACCUUUGGUGCCAACAUAAUUUCUGUCCCAUAAUCUUAUUUUAUUCCAUCCAGUGUUCACGUGUAAUCUCUUAAUAAGUAAUAGAUUCAGAUAUUUUUGUUUUUUGGGGCUCUAGAGUAUACUAGAAGCCUAGGUCCACUACCUUUUAAAGCAAGAGAAGUUUGCUUCUUUAUUGGUUUUGUUCCUGCAAAAAGUAUGAAACAACCCAUAUUUGUGCUUCUUAAGUUUUGUUAUCCUAGUGAUUUCCAUCAAGGGGUGUGUGGGAUGACUUUUUUGUAUUUACAAAGGAUGUUUUGAAAAAGAAAUAUGUAACAUUUAAACUGGAAGAAUAAAAUGUUGAAUUUGAAA